UUUUCUCCUUUCAAUAUAGGUAACGAUAGAAUUCUCUCCCCGAAUUCCUCUCAGUUCCAGAGACGAGAACGACACCAACACUAUUAUGAUUCACUUAUGCUCUUCCCUCUUUUCCUUGUAUUUAUGCUGACAAAGUAGGAGUAAAAUGAAGAAGAAAUCAGGAUUGGAGUGCAGACAACAUGAAAUUUGGGAUUUUCAACCCUCAACCGAGGUUUAUUCCUAAGCCAUUAGUACUAUUGUACCUGGAAGAAGGUCAAUCAAAUCUCCAAGCUUUUGCCCAAUACCCCUCCUCCGAUCUUGCCUUCGACCCGCAACCUUUGCCCAGUCGAUCACCUCGGACCUCGCCGUCGACGCUACUUCUUCUUCGUGCACCCAAACUGCACUGUCCUCGUCUUCAUGACACUCUACUCCCCUCAACCCCCCGCCGUCGCUGGUCACUCUUCGUGCCUAUUUGGAUUAGAUACAGUGAAAGCAAAAACAAAAAGGAGAAUAUAUAUAUGGUGUUAGGUGAAAAGUAAUUUUUUUAAUAUUGAUUAAAAAACUAUUUUUCAACGUGUCAAUGACGUGGCAGAUAGGUUAGAACGAGUUUAAUAAAAUAUUGACGACUGUUUUGUUGACCGUAGUCUAAUGGUCAACAAAACAGCAGAGGACAUGUAUAACAUUACACUCCCGAACAUUGGGACAUAAGUGACACGAAGAGAGCAUACAUAGGGAGCAAGUGACAGAAACCUUAAACUAUGAGUCUUUUCUAGUAUUAAGUCUAAAACGACAUUAUCAAGAUACUCAAGAAGCUAAUACUUCCUGGUUAAUAUUACUUAUGCGAAGAUUUAAGAAUUAUUAAGCCAGACUAAUAGUAGUUUCUACAAGUUGAGAAUCUUGGUUGAGAGCUAAUGUUAGAGGGGUAAAAUUGAUACUCAAAUGAUUGUAGUGUCCAAAGAUCCUUAAUUAUAGUAUAUCCUUAAUGAAGUCAUAUCUCUUCUGAAUUCUGAUUUUUUUCUUAUUAUUAAACGUAUCAUUUUUCCCAUAUCCUGUCAUUGUACAUUACAUCUAGACGUAACAAAGUGGCUCCUCAUCAAAGUUAUACCGUAUUAAUUCUGUCCACCGGAUUAAUUCUGUCCAUGUGCCACCACAUCAUUCAACGUUUUAUUUUCACUAGAUAAUCUUAGUUCCAAAUGCAAGCAUGGCUUCACCGCCAUCACUUUGUUGUUCCUUUGCCUUUGAAUCGGUAAAGUUUACGUCCUAACACAUACUAAUUACCAGAUUAUUAUUUGGCUUUCUCGACCGUGGACCAGGCUCGACGCUAGUUAGAUGACUAAGUCAAAAGGUUAGUCUUAGUCACAUAAUUAUGGAGGAUAAAAUAGCAAUUCAUUUAUUAAUACCAUUCACUAGUUACAUUAAUUUUCUUCUAAUAAGAUCUCCAUGUAAAUUACGCAACUAAUGAAGAGAACUUUAAAUUUAACUCGAUAACUAACUUGAACGACAUUCUCGUUCAAAAUUUUGAAACUUUCAACCCUAACUAUAAUCUCUCUGAAAUCACACACAGAUCUCUCUAAUCACUCGGCCUAGGGGAAAAAGGAGAUGCAAAGCGUAAGAGUGCGUGAAAGAAAGUUAAAUGAAACAGUGAAGAAAAAAGGGGAUCGGAGAACAAUAUUACCUUCUUCACGGCCAACAUGGAAACGAGAUCCGCAAAGCGAAAGAAGCAGCUCUGCUUCCCGCCGGGCAACGAUCACGGCGGCGCAUCGCAAAUCGACCGAAUCACCGACCUCCCAGACCCACUCCUCCACCACAUCCUCUCCUACCUCCCAAUCAGAUCCAUCGCCCAAACCUCCGCCCUCUCCAGACGCUGGCGCCUCCUCUGGUCCACCUUACCGGACCUCGACUUCACCACCGCCGCCGCCAUAAAACGCUCUUCCAUUCCCCCCAAUUCGUACAUCUCCACCGUCCUCUCCCUCCGCCACAAGCACUCCGACCUCCGCUCCCUCCGCUUCUCCGCCCGCCUCACCUUCUCCACGCUCAACUCCCUGAUCCGCCUCGCCGUCCGCCACCGCGUCCAGUACCUCGACGUCGAAGUCUCCACCGACGACUACUUCAACUUCCCCCGCGGCGUAAUCGCCAGUGAAACCCUAAGGACAUUCAAAUUGAAAUCCCGAUGCCCCGGAUUCCGCCUCCUCCCGUCCUCCGUCAUGGCCAGCGGCUUCCGGAACCUCGAUUCCCUCUCCCUCUCCCUCGUCACGCUCCACGACCAGCAGUCCUCCCUCCUAGAUCUCUUCACCGAGACCUCCUUCCCCUGCCUCCGCAAGCUCGACCUCGACACCUGCUUCGAAUUGCGGCACCUCAAGGUCGGAUGCCGCGCGCUCGAGGAUUUCUCGAUCGAGAAUUGCUUCCACCUCCGCGGGCUCGAGAUCUGCUGCGCGAAAUUGACAUCACUGAGAGUGGCCAGCUGCUUCGAUGCUUACUGCGACGAGACGCGGGUGGAGAUUAGGAACGGAUCUAGGAUUCGGUUCGUGGCGUGGGAGCAGAACGCCAUCACCGGGAAGAGCGCGGUGGAGGAACUGAGGGCGGUGCGAGAGGCGUCGAUUGGGUUCUUUGUGGAUGAUUACGAUGACAUUUGCUCCGACAAGCUUCACAGCGUUUGCAGUUUCAUGAGUGGCUUCUCCCGCGCUGACUCUUUGACCCUUGACAGUCAGUGUAUUGAGAUACUGUCGAGCAGCAAGUACUCGGCACAAUUUGUGCACCCAAUAUUCAGCGAUGUCCGAACGUUGGAGUUGCAUACGGGUUUCAACAAGAAGAAUGUAGCAGGGCUUGCAUUCCUCUUUAGAAGCACUCCGACGUUGCAUACUCUCGUUCUCAAGAUCAUGAAUGACCACAAGACUGAAAGAAGGCAAUGGAAUAAGGACUUGUGGGACGUGGCCAAUUGUGAACAAGAACAGUAUUGGGAGUCUCAAGUCCAGAGCUUGAGUUCAUUCCUAAACCAUCUCAAGAUAGUGAAGAUACAUGGGUUCCUAGAGUACGAGAAUGAAGUUAGCCUAGCCAAAUUUUUGCUCAAGCAUGGUAAAGACUUGCAGGAAAUGACCCUCUCCACGCCUCACCAUUGCAACUACAGAGAUAGCUUGAGACGGCAGAAAGUUAGAUCUCAGAUGAUGGGCUUCUCAUGGGCUUCCUCUAACGCCAAAAUCUCCUUCCAAUGACUCCACCUAGAGAUGACAUUUGAACUCGAAACAACGGGUUUCCAAUUCGAUCCAAUUCGGCGAAAGCGAGUAAAACUCAAUUUUUAUGGGUUCUUGGUAGGGUGCAGGUUUUACCCGCUUUUGAAAUUGGCGGGUUGGAUUGAAUUUGGGUUUUACUAAAAUCCAACCCACUUUCCAUCCAACUUAUACUCAUAAAACAAAUUGAUAUCAUUUCGUAACUAACAACAACAAUUUGAAUAAUUUAUGGACGUUAUU